AAUUGUUCCUCCUGUCAUUAGUGUCAUUAUUCUGUCAUUUUUUUUCUCCUUGGUAAAAUUGCCAAAAAGGUGUUUGAAACAUGUCGAAUUUUGGGGACGCAUUUGAUCAAGCAGAGGUGGACCCCGCAGCGGAGUUCUUGGCCCGAGAGCAGGACGAUUUAGCGGGCCUAGAAGAUGAAGUAAAACCAGCUGCUAUUUCAGCACCGGUUGUUAACGGUGAUGAUCCAACCAAUUCUGCGAGCAGUUUUGAAAUGGUCGAAGGUUUUGAAGAGGGAACGUCAAAUAAAAGAGAAGAAUUCGAUGAUGCGCACCUCAAGGCUGAAAACGACAAAUUAAGGGGAGUGUCUCCAUCGCCGCCGCCACUAAAUAGGGAAGUCAGAGAGGAGCCCGAGAAAAUCAAAAAAUGGAGAGAAGAACAAAUUAAACGUUUAGAAGAAAAAGAUGCGGAAGAAGAAAAAAAGAAGUUAGAAUUGCGUGAAAUUGCCCGAAAAGAAUUAGAAGAAUGGUACAAAAACCAUGAAGAAGCAAUUGCAAAAACUAAAGCUGCUAAUAGAGAUGCAGCAAAGAAUGCAGAAAAACAGUUUGUUGCUGAGGAUGAUGAAAUCGUACCAGGGACAGAAUGGGAGCGAAUCGCAAAACUGUGCGAUUUUAAUCCAAAAGCAAAACAAGGAAGUAAGGAUGUUUCGCGCAUGCGCUCUAUUGUUUUACAAUUGAAACAGUCUCCGAUUCCCAUUAACAAUAAGGCUUAGGUCACUUAAAUUUAUCUUUAUACAUAUAUUUAAUCUACAAAACGUUGAAUAAAAGAAAGUAAGAUGAUGUAGAUUUCAUUUUUGUAUUUAUGUUCUACAGUAAAAUAAUUAGAAUAAGAAAUAAAUGUUUUAAAAAGG